UCUAUACAAAAAUAAAUAAAGAGAUCUACUUAGUAUUGAAAAAAAUAUGACGAAUUAAAUUUUUAACAACAUACAUAAUAUUGUUUUUUUCUUAUCGCGUAUUGUAUUUGAAGAUUCAAUGUAUUCAGCUUAUAAAAUGUCGAAGUGAUUAUUCAGUUGUUUAACGAUAAUGGCUGUAAUUCUGCGAAGUCUUAAUUGGACCUCAAAUUAUGCGCAUAGUAUUAAUUGAAAUUGACCAUCGGCUUCCAUAUAAAGACUGAGUACCAGAGCGGUGUUGCAGCGCAUCCCGCAGCCGCAGACCGCACGUUAGCCGCGGGACCAAUUUGCUCAGCAGGAGGCAGGCCUUUGCAAUAUUUUUAAAGUACUUUGCGGCUUUCACAGAUUUCAAUUUACAAUGUGUCAAAUUGUGGCUGAUCGCACGGUUUCAGCGAUACUAUAUUUGGGAAAUUAAAAACAAAAUAGCAUUAAACUCUUAAAGACUCGUGAGGACUGUUAUCGUAAAUGUAGAGAUGCGGCCGUUGUAACGUAAUGGCUAUUCCGAAAUGGAUGAUAUAAAGAAGUGCAAUACAGAAACAUGAAAGGAUGACAUUUCGUCGGGCCGAGACGGGUGCUCUCGAAUUUUGAAUUCAACAAAAAGCGUGCGCGGCAUUCCGCAGGCCGCUCGCCACUGCGCCGCACCCGCCGCACCGGCCCCGCGCCGCCGCUUCACUUGCUGGUUAAGCCUUCGAUAGAUCGAAAUGGUCACACGAUUAUUUAAGAAUAACGACCGCCUUAAAUUGAAGAAAAAAACGGAGAUGCGUUAAUGUCUUGAAUAAAUUUUGUUAACUCACCGCUCGUAAUGAGGCGCGCGCACGCGGACUGUUUACUAAACAACGUAAAAUAUUUCGGAUGCAGUGAUCUCGAGCUGGCGAUACAGUGUUAAUAGACGAUUAAAAUGCCAUAAAAUGAUCUCGGUCAUUCGGUGCGUUACCUUAAUAAGGAAACAUUCUUAUAAUCGGCGCAGCAGUUCUCCUGUCACGUGUGAUAAGUGAGCCGCAGCGGGGUUGCGACGCGAUGCGCGUGGCAUGCUGCUGCCGGACCAAACGUAUGAGGUGGCCGCACCCGCCGCACCCGCCGCACCGCCCACCUCGGCGUCGCUGGCGGUGCUGCUGCGCGCACACCGCGUGCGCCCUGACUUCUUCUGCGCUUACCGGUCUCGACGCCAUUCGAGGAGAUCGUCGCGGAUGGUCGAGGAAGAGAAGGAAAAGACGGCGAGCGAGCCGCGCACGCAGCGACGCGCGCGAGUCCGGAUCGAUGCAUCAUCCUCGAAUGAAGCGGUGCACUUGCAGCGACGGCUGCUAAGCCUCAGUUCGGAGCUGGUGACGCUCCGCAACCAUUUGCACGUGGGCGGGGCGGCCGGUGCGGCGGGCGCUGCCGGUGCGGCCGGCGCUGCUGGGGCGGCAGGUGCGGCAGGUGCGGGCGGUGCCGCCAGCGGCGGGCAGCCGGCGGUGCCGCCACGCGCGCCGCUGCUGCUGCCGCCGCCAGCACCCGCGCCACCGCAUCAGGCUCAUCCACCUCCACCUCCACCUGAAGCAAGAUGGCGCAGCUCGUCAGGCCCCGCAAGCGCGGCGCCGAGCUGUGCGCCGAGCGGGCCCGCGCCCGCGCCCGGCUGCGACGUCGACGACCUCAUCCACCUGCGCGGGCCCCUCACGGAGGACGCGCUCGUGCGGGCCCUGCAGACCAGGUUCUACAAUAAUAAGUUUUAUACAUCAGUGGGUCCGAUCGUAGUGGCGAUGAACGCAUACACGGACGCAGCGAACGCGCUGACGCCGGGCGCGGCGCGCGCGCAGCGGCCCGAGCUGGCGCGGCUCGUGCACGACGCUGUGCGACACCAGGCUGAUACGGGAUGCCCGCAAGCUAUCAUACUAUCCGGCGUGUCGGGGUCGGGCAAGACGUACGCGUCGAUGGUGCUGCUGCGGCGGCUGUUCGACGUGGCGGGCGGCGGGCCCGAGACGGACGCGUUCAAGCACCUCGCCGCCGCCUUCACCGUGCUGCGCUCGCUCGGCACCGCCGCCACGCACGCCAACUCGCACUCCAGCCGCAUUGGUCACUUUAUCGAAGUGCAAGUGACGGACGGCGCACUGUACCGCACGAAGAUCCACUGCUACUUCCUGGACCAGACGCGCGUGGUGCGGCCGCCGGCGGGCGAGCGCAACUACCACAUCUUCUACCAGAUGCUGGCUGGCUUGUCGGCGGACGAGCGCUCGCAGCUGCAUCUCGACCCCUACACGCCGCAAGACUUACGUUAUCUGUCAUCAUCUGUGUCGCGUCGGUCGGACGCGGAGGACGCGGCGCGGUUCGCGGCGUGGAAGAGCUGCCUGGGCGUGCUCGGCAUCCCCUUCCUGGACGUAGUGCGCGUGCUCGCCGCCGUGCUGCUGCUCGGGAACGUCACCUUCACUGACGGCGCGGACGGCACCGCUGAGCCCAGUGGCGAGGCGGAGCUGGCGGCGGCGGGCGCGCUGCUGGGUGUGGGCGCGGCGGCGCUGGUGCGCGGGCUGGGCACGCGCGGCGCGGCGCGGGGCCGUGCGGCGGUGCGCGCGCCCGCCAGCGCCGCCGCCGCCGCCGCCGCGCGCGACGCGCUGGCCAAGGCGCUGUACUGCCGCACCGUCGCCACCAUCGUGCGCCGCGCCAACUCGCUCAAGCGCCUCGGCUCUACCCUCGGAACGUUGUCCUCCGACUCUAAUGAAUCGGUGCACCAAGACGCCGCAUCGCGCCGCGCGUCGACGGCCGGCAGCGGCGCGCGGAGCCGCGCGGGCGCGCGCUCGAUGGCCGCGCUCAACGACGCCGUGCGACACGCCACCGACGGUUUCGUCGGCAUCCUCGACAUGUUCGGCUUCGAGGACGCCGCGCCCAGCCGUCUGGAACACUUGUGCGCUAAUCUGUGCGCAGAGACCAUGCAACACUUCUACAACACUCACGUAUUUAAGUCGUCAGCGGAGUCGUGCCGCGAGGAGGGCGUGUCGGGCGCGCUGGAGGUGGAGUACGUGGACAACGUGCCGUGCAUCGACCUGGUGUCGUCGCUGCGCACGGGCCUGCUCGCCGCGCUUGACGCAGAAUGCGCCGCGCGCGGCUCGCCCGACCAGUACGUCGCUAGAAUCAAGACUGCGCACAGAGGUCACCCGCGUCUGUGCGAGGCGCGGCCGCCGCACCCGCGCCGCUUCGCCGUGCGCCACUACGCGGGCGAGGUCACGUACGACGCGACCGACUUCCUCGACGCCAACCGCGACUCCGUGCCUGACGAUCUGCUGGCUGCCUUCGAUACGAGGGCUUGCGAAUUUGGCUUUGCGACACAUCUGUUUGGAGCUGAACUUAAGGCGCUGUCAGCAGCGGGCGGGCCGUCGGGCGCGCAGUUCCGCGCGUCGCCGACGGCGGGCGGCGCCAGCGCGGCGCCCCCGCCCGGCGCGCCGCUGUCGGGCGCCUCCACGCUCACGCAGGACUUCCACACGCGCCUCGACAACCUGCUGCGCACGCUCGUGCACGCGCGGCCCCACUUCGUGCGCUGCUUGCGGGCCAACGCCACCGAGGCGCCCAUGCAGUUCGAUAGAGCUACUGUCGCUACGCAGGUGCGAGCGCUACAAAUCCUGGAGACGGUGCAGCUGAUGGCGAACGGGUACCCGCACCGCAUGCGGUUCCGCGCGUUCGGCGGGCGCUACCGGGCGCUGUGGGCGCGCGGCAAGGAGGAGUGGGCCGAGUGGGACGGCGAGGCGGCGGGCUGCGCGCGCGUGCUGCGUGCCGUGGCGGCCGGCGGCGCCCCGCCCGCACCGCACUCGCCCGCCGCCGUGCGCUGGGCCAUCGGCAAGCGGCACGUCUUCCUCAGCGAGGGGAUGAGACAGGUGUUGGAGCGCAUGCGACGCGCGCGUCGCGCGGCGGCGGCGCAGUGCAUCCAAGCGGCGUGGCGGCGGCACCGCGCGCGGCUGGCGGGCGCCCCGCGCCGCCCGCGCCCCGCGCCCAUCGCCGGCACGCCGCCGCCCGAGCCGCCGCUCCCGCCCGCGCACUCCAAGUGCGACCCCGCGCUCGUCAAGCGCACCUGCUCGCUCUUCGGCCUCGACUUGGAACGGCCGCCGCCGCUGCCGCCGUCGCGCGCGUACACGGUGUCGAACGGCGUGAAACUGGGCUACCCGCAGCAGCGCACCGUGGCCGCCGACUGGGACGAGGCGGGCGUGCGCCUGCGCGCCGGCGACACUGUGCUCGCGCUCGGUGCCGCGCCGCGCGGCCACGUCACUGUGCAGGUGUGCGGUCGCACAGUGCCGGUGCCGCACAGCGUGCUGGCGCCGCCGCGCGCGCCGCGCCCCGCGCCGCCGCCGCCGCCCGCACCCGCAUAGACUUGCUCAGCGUUUAUCACAAACACGUACCAUAAUCUGUGUUAAUGAAAUCAUUUUACAUUCUCAAUAAGCCGACGCUGUAGAAUUCUGUGAAAAAAUUUAAAACACGAAAAAAAAAUUUAUCAUCAAUCUUCUUAGACUUACAUACUCGUAGGCUAAUGACUACUUUCAAAACAUGACACUGUCCUUGGUUUUAUGCUCAAUUAUGGAAACAGUUAAAUAAUGUGUAGGUAGGUAUGUCGAUAAAUUUCAAUAUAGGAAGUUGAAAAACAGUAAUUUGAAAAAUCAUACCUCACAAAAUGGUAUUUCAAUUAGUAAAUAAUCACGAUUGCAAUCAGCCAUUUUACUUGGUUCCACUAACACAUUGUAUUAAUAUCUAUAAUAGACAGGACUAUUUACUUCCUAUACUUACUGAGAAAUAUUUAUAUAUUUACACUAUGUACCGAUAACAAUAACACGCUAUUUUGUAAUGAUUCAAGUAUUAUGACGAGUCCGGGCUGAGGCCUGCGAUGACAAUCGAAACUGAAAGACUAAUCCAUACUCAACAUGAUAGUUAUAUAAAUCGCGUUGUGAACAAUCAAUGGUGCCUUAUUGUAAAUAGUAGGUUAAGUAUUUAUGAGAGCGAUGAGAUUUGUGCUAGAGCGUGGAUGUUCUGUAUUCUGUCACGUGACACGCCUGUAACUUAGUGGAGAAAGUAAGAUAUUUUUAUCUUUCGGUUAAGUAUAAAUUUAGAAGGGUCAGUUUUGGUAAGAAUCUAAAAAUUGCGAUUAAAAAACUUAGAUAUGAAGAGUAUUUGUGUUAUAAAAUGUUGAAUUUGGAUAUUUUAAGCCAUUUAUAAGCUGACCAUAUUUUAUUUGCAGGAUACCUAUAUUGUAUUUUCGUUUAUAAAAUAGCUACGUUUAAGUGUAAUUUAAAAGAAUAUUUUCAGUAUUUACAAUUUACCAACUCAUUAUAAUUACGUACCAUAUCUAAGACGAAUGCUGUUACCUUAAAUUACAUAUUUUUUUAUGGAUAAUUGUAUCAAAUUUAUGUUUUCUCACACUAACAAAUAUUAUUUCAUUGUAACGACAAAACAAGUGUUAUAAUUUGUAUUAUUAGUAGAUGUAUUUCAAUAUUGCAUUUGUAUUUACUUAAAUUGAAAUACAUAUUUCAAACAAACUGUAUCAUGUAUUCUGUAUCUGGAAUUUAAUAAGUGGCCAAAUGAAAAAGAAACUCCAAAUCAAAGCUUGCCAACAUGAGUCUGAUACCUUACUGUACUGAGAUGGUAACUAGAUUAAGGUUAUAAUAAAAAGCAUAAUAAUU